AUGCAUUCUCCACUUGCCUACCUUGCACUCCUGCUCCCCGUCGUCUCUGCUGUGCCAGCUCCAAACCCCCUCGCCUUGCUUAACGCUCGCGCCGGCCCGGCCGCAGGCAGCGUCAUCACAUCGUGUACCCAGCCCAAUACGAUCGCGCUCACGUUCGACGACGGUCCGUAUCAAUAUGAAGGUGCCAUCGUCCAAGCCUUGAAUGCCGCCGGUGCCAAAGGAACGUUCUUUGUUACAGGAACGCUCUACAACUGCAUCUAUUCUCAAGCAAGUCAAUUAAAGGCAACAUACGCAGCCGGUCAUCAGAUCGCCUCUCACACCUGGACCCAUGCCGAUCUGUCAACCAAGUCCGCUGCAGAUGUGAAGACCGAGAUGACGAAACUCGAGACGGCAUUUGCGAACAUCCUCGGCGUGAAACCAACAUACAUGCGCCCCCCCAAUGGGAACACUGGCGGACAGAUGAAGUCUGUCAUGCAGCAGCUGGGUUACCGAAUUGUGACGUGGGAUAUCGACUCCGAGGACUGGAACCAUCAGACACCCCAGUAUUCCGAACAAAAGUUUUCUUCGACCGGCGCAGGAUCUCAUAUCCCGUUAAUGCAUGAAACCAUUCCAACGACUUCGCAAACACUCCUUCCGUGGGUUCUCAACUGGGCCAAGCAAAAGGGCUUGAAAAUGGUGACGGUUGCUGAGUGCUUGGGCGAUGCUGGUGGAGCGUACACUACGCCUGUGGCAACGACUGGAGCUACGAAUUGUUAG